AUGCACUACGGUCACCCCUGUUAUGUCAACGCGGUUUACUCAGUCCAAUCUGUUCUGGUUGGCAAACAUGUCUGGCAGGAGGCCUGCUGUUCAACACGGACGCUAAUGAGAGAGGGGGCCGCAAAUGAAUUGAAAGUCCUACGGGCAUAUGGCAAAGUUAUUUGCGAGUCUUAUUACGAUCAGCGAGAGGAAAAUCAGAUUUCUGCAGAAGCGCGAGGAUCCGUGCGGAGCAGAACUCUGCUCACCGAGCGGAUGCAGGACCAUGGAGGGGAGAGACAGGUCGCCAGCAGUCUGCCCCACAGCGUCAAGGCGAGCCUGUCUCUUUCCCCGUCUGGACCCGGGCGGGCGGGCAGCGGCGGGGGCUCGCCCACGUCCAAAAUGGACUACUGUGGAGGCGUCCCUGUGGAAGACAUGCAGGCUCUGACCAUCACCACUCUUUCCGCAGCAGACGUAGCCAAACAGUACGAGCACAUUCGCGAACUGGGGAAGGGCACGUAUGGCAAGGUAGACCUGGUGGCCCACAGAACACAGGGCACCAAAAUGGCUCUGAAGUUCGUUACCAAGAACAAGACGAAGCUCAAAAGUUUCCUGCGGGAGUACAGUCUAACGGGCUCACUUAGCUGCAGCCCUUUCAUCAUCAAAAUCCUGGACGUGCUCUUUGAGACAGAGGACAGCUAUGUGUUCGGGCAAGAGUAUGCCCCCGCUGGGGACCUUUUUGAUAUCAUACCACCACAGGUGGGUCUGCCAGAAGAAAUGGUCAAACGCUGCAUGCAACAACUGGGUUUGGCCCUGGACUUCAUGCACAGUAAGAGCCUGGUGCAUCGAGACGUCAAACCAGAGAACGUGCUCUUGUUUGACCGCGAGUGCCGCCGCAUUAAGCUCGCUGACUUUGGCAUGACCCGGCGCGUGGGCUGCCGGGUCAAACGGGUGAGCGGCACCAUCCCCUACACGGCGCCGGAAGUGUGCCGCGCCAACCGGGCGGAGGGUUUCCUUGUGACCACCAGUUUGGACGUGUGGGCGUUUGGCGUGCUGGUCUUCUGCAUGCUGACAGGCAACUUCCCCUGGGAGGCGGCGCUGCCGGCCGACGCCUUCUACGAGGAGUUCCGGCGCUGGCAGAAGGCGGGGUGCCCGCUGGGAACUUACCCGUCUCAGUGGCGCCGCUUCACUGAUGACGCCCUGCGCAUGUUUCAGAGGCUGCUCGCCGCUGACCCGGAAAAGCGCUGCGGGGUUAAAGAUGUGUUCUGCUUCAUCAAGUACGAGCUGGUCAGCGAGCUCCGGCGCCGAGCCUCUUACCGGGCGAAGAGAGGCGAGAGGUCCAGCUCAGGACUGUGCACCGGCAGUUGCACUUCCUCCUCUUCGUCCACUCCCUCAAGGCCCUCCCACCGACACCCGGAGCCCUCCACCCCUCCAGGAACAUCCUGCCUGCGACCAGCACCACUCAAACGUAGUGUCCUCUCUGACCCUCUGUCUCCCAGGGAGGAGGCUGGACAACACCAGUCUCCCGGGCGAGACAAGAACAAAGGCCAGAUGGUGAUGGCGACUGCCAUAGAAAUCUGUGUGUGACCACACUAAAGUCAGAUCUGGAAAUCAGAUGGUUUUCCACAGUAAAUAACGGGCUGUGAAGAGGUGUUGAUGACUACCACUGAGCCUGGGGAAAGAACAGAGGUCCUCAAACCAUGAGAGUUCAUCUCAGGAUCCUAUCCAAGCUGUGGAAAUGGACAUCAUCAAUCAGUGGUACACUCUUGGACAAGCUAUCGCUUAUAUUCAAUGCCAUUUAGGUUAUGAUUAGUGACCAAAGACUGCUUCCAGUGCGGAGAAGCCAUCCAGGCAGAGUUCAAGAUUCAGCUGAUGCCCCUUUAAGCUGUUCACUCUGCCAACCUGACAUUUGUGUUUCUUGCCCAUACACUGUGGUGGUGCUAAUGAUUCUAUACUUAGAUUCGCUCCAUGUCUCUGUAGUUAAGUGUCCGUUCAUCUCACAGUUUUAGUUUCAGGAAAGCCUAAAUUUCACCUGAGCAGGUGAUGUUGGCAAGGACAACUGUUUUCAACUGCCGUUUCUGAGACUUCCUACCAACCCACGAUGCAUAAAGUCAGUUGUAGUCAUAUAAGAUAUAAAUUGCUACAAAGGGGGAAUGAGAAAUGAGAACAUUAAUGUAGCAGUUUGUGAGAAACAUCUUUUAAUUUAGAUGUCUAGACUGAGAGACAGAUUCUCAGUGAUCGGCAUCAACUCAGGACAAUUCAGUGGAACCUUUCCCAUUUAAUCAUUGAUGGAAUUCCAUUUAGAGGCUGGUAGACACAAUGGGACUCUUGGUAGGAUUAAUUUUCAGUGAGUCACAAGAGAGUACAGGGGUUGUGCAUUUUCUAAGGGUUUGAACAAGGAAAGGUGAACUUUUCUUUUUGCUGAUCUUCUUUUCCAACUGGUGUGUGUGUAUUUCAAAUGCUAAAGCACAACAUUUUUGUAAAAGAAGACAACUCCUAGAUAUUGUUAUUGAUAUUUCUAGAACUGUACCACAGUACCUGGUAGAUCAACUAUGUAGCUGUACCGAUUUUUUACAAAAGGGUAAAGCGUUUUAGAGUUUUACUGUCACUGGUGAUGUAAUGCACUGUAUGUAGCAAUGAAAUAUAAGAGAAUGUACAGUUUAUCACAACAAAUGUAUGUAAUGAUGUGCAAUCUAGAGCCAGGUACAUAGUGUGACAUAGUAGCAGCAUUUGUUUUAACUUGCAUUGGUUUGGGUUUUAUCUGAACCACAGUCAUUCGACUCACUUUAAUUUAGCCUCACCUCUCCUCUCCAAAUAAAUCACAUGGAUGGCAAAGACAAGGUGCUUAUCAUCAUGGGAAGAUGACCGCUGUGUCAGCUGCUGUGUUUUUUAAAUGCUGAUUGACCAUGACCUGGACUUCGGCUUUCAUCAAGUUGCUGCUAAUUAUGAAAGGAUCUUGAGAGCGCCAAAUGUUUGGUAGAAUGCUCCGCCGUUAGCAUUAUUUUCCUCUUUUGAAUCAGUCUCACACCGGGCAGGUGUGUGUGCGUGUGCGUUUGUGUGAGAAUAUGUGUCUGUGUUUCCUGUUUCUACUUUCCUUCCAUGACAGCUCAUCACUGUACUGGGCACUCCUCAGGUUCAGUUUCUUUUUCUCCUCUUGAGCAUCAAGUCUAAUUGAGACUGUUGAGCCCCCCUCCCAGCCAUCCACAGCCCCUGAUGACAGCUGCUUUGCUUGUUAUUUUGGAUGACACAUCUCUGCGCAGAAUGUCUACGCUUUAUGAGUACCUUUAGAGUCCUUAUGCAGUCUCAUCAGAUAUAAUCAAAACUGGUAAUGGUUCCUGUAAUUUCCCCAGUUCCAUUUUCUCUCAUUGGAGAUUAUGUUUAUGCCCUAAAAAACACAUAUUGUAUGUCCAGCUGCUUUGUUGUAUUAAUCAAAAUCCCUCACUAAAUUAACAUGCAACAUUAAUUAAUUCUGCCCUCCAAAUCAUUAUUCCAUUUAUAUAAUACUGCAACAUGCAUAUAAAACCAAUAAGGAUUAAAUGGGCUUCAUAGGGUGGGCAAAAGAUAAAGCAAUACAGUGCAAAUCUACUAAAAGUCUAACACAGAAGGUAAAAACAAAAAGUAAAUGAAAGACAAAUAUUGCAAUAACAAUAUAUCAUAAUGACAAUCAACAAGCCGAUUACGAUUAAGAUUGUUACUUUUCUAUUAUGUUUUUUCUGAAAUAUUCUGAUCAAAUUGCAUAGUAUAAUUAAUACAAUAUAAUAUUAUACUGUACAAUACUUAUCGCCACGGAUUUUCCUCAUUAUAUACAUUUCUCUGACAGAAAUCACAAAAAUAGAUGAAGCCAAGAUCACAAUACUUAAGGAACUGUUUUAGGACAAAAAUACUCCCAAACAUUUUUUAUUAGAAACGACAUGGUACAAUUUACAGUUAAACUGAUACAGUACACUUGUAGCUGACUCAGAGGAAGUUAUUGUCUGUAGUACAAGCUUCUUAAAAUGUUAUCUGUGAGAAGUAGACAAUAUAUUGACUGAUUUUAACCAUGACUCACACAUAAAUGAUCAGUUAUCUUGAAUUUUUUAAUAAAAACAACUGGAAUGUCUCACUUUAAUGAGUUGUAAUAUCAGUGAUACAUGAAUGCAGAAUAACAUAAAUUCUGGCCCAGUUCAAAACUUAACAAAGUCAAAAUCUACUCAGUGUCAUGUGACGCAGCUUUUUAUAAUGCAGCAUGACACCUGUAUACAAAAGGUGGCGUUCUGAUUUCACUUUUGCAUCAAAGGCAUUUGUAUUUUUGUCUAUUUCUGUUUGACAGAUGAAUAAUUGUUUCUCAUGGGUUGUUAUGACAGGAAUGGUAUAGAUAAGAAUCACUGUAACAGGCUUUAUUUGAUGUUUGCAGAGCGUAGCCCCCUGUUAUUCAUGUCAUUCUAGUCAAAUGAUGAACAGUUCCUCCGCCAGUAAAUCUCAUUUUAGGCUCUAAUUGUAAAUAUAAUGCGUAUUGUCUUCAACAAGAUGAAUAAACAAAAUAUCGAUAUAUGUUGAAAUAAAUUUAUGCACCAC